GUGACUGUGGAGUGAAUCAGGGAGCGCUUCGCAAUUAUCAAUCAACAGCGACAGGAGGGUGUCCCAGGGGAAAACCGGGACAGGUGGGAAACCGGACGUGGUCCAUGCAUCGGCCUCCUCGUCCUCGUCGCUGUGAGUGUGACAUUGAAGAGUCCGGUCACCUCUCCCCUCCACUCUGGCAGCAACCGUCGACCAAUCGGCUCGCGGCUCGGAUCCGCGUCCCGGUUGCUAGGGAGGCAAUGUUGUCGGGAGCCGGGCCGCUCGCUGCGUGGACCGCGCCGCCGCCGAGAGGAGGAGGAGGAGACGGGGGGCGAGAGGCUCAGAGGAGGCUCAGAGGGGCCCAGAGAGAGAGGGGAGAGGGGGGCUGGGGGCGGGUGGGACCCCCACGGGGACGGCGAGGCGGAGUGGAGGGCGACGGCGAGAUGAGCUCCCCCUUGGCUCAGCUCGGACGGACGCGCAGAGCUCCGCUUCCGGAUGGAGGAGACCUCGGGAAGCGGCGGGCUCCCUUCAAGACGCGCAGCUCCCACGCAGCCCCGGAGGAGGCUCUGGUCUCGGGGCGUCUGGCAUCCCCAGCGGACAGGUCGCCGCUGCUGCUGCCGCCGCCUGGGGGGGCCCUCGUGGCACGGGGCAAACUCGGCAAGCCUCCCAGAGGGGUGCCAGUGCCCAGCGAUGGGGAGCUGCUGUCGGUGAUGAGCGCGCGCCUCGCUCAGCUGGAGCAGCGAGUGAAGCUCUACGCUAACGAGGUUCACGACAAGGACCAGAAGCUGAGGAGCGCGCAGGAGAAGAUGAGGUCCCUGGAGAUGAUGCGUGACGCGGAGCGCGACGGCGGGACGACGGACCAGGCCACGAGGGCUCUGCAGGACAGAUGCUCUCAGCUGCAGGAGCAGGUCGAGCAGAUGGAGGCGUUCCUGCGGGACUACGGACUCGUCUGGGUGGGAGACGCUGGCGGGCGAGGGGCGGAGGGUCGCGAGCCGGCUGCCGACGCCGGUGGUGAAACCCACGGGAGCUCACGGCCGACCGCCGACGCCGCCGCGGGCCUCCGCGUGGACUUGGACGCGGUGCUGCGGCACGUGCGGGAGCUGAACCUGGUGGCCGGCGAGGGGGAGUCCCAGGUGGAGCGCACGGCCGGAGGGGCGCGCCUGAGGCCUCCGCAGAGCGUGCCGCUCACCCUCUACCGCAACGGCAUGCUCAUGUUCGGCGGGCCCUUCCGGCCCUACACCGACCCCGCCACGCAGGAGUGUCUGCAGGACAUCGUGGACGGAUACUUCCCCUCCGAGCUGCAAGCUCGAUACCCGGACGGCGUCCCCUUCCAGGUGACGGACCGGCGGGGCGAGGUGUUCCAUGAGCGCCGUCUCGGAGAUGACUUCCCUGGCCACGGGGAGACGCUGGGGGGGGGACGAGGAGGAGGAGGCGGGGUGGAGACGUCGCGACUCGUGGAGCCGCACGCCGAGGAGCGGAGCGAGCGGAGUGGGCGAGCAACGGCUGAGUGUGGUGUGAGCGUGGAGCAGUUCGUCAGCAAGCUUCCCGCGUGCGUCAUCAAGCGAGGCAGCGUCGUGCCCGUCCGUGCGUCCGUGCGGAGCCUGCUCAUGGGUGACGACGAUCCGGAGACUCGCACCAGGGGACUCAUCACGGUGGAGACCAGCGUGGACAGGGCUGAGCGGGAGGGAGUGGGGGGGUUGGAGUUUGGCCGCAUCGCGACCCUCAGAGUGAGGUCGGAGAGCGGAGAGGAGCGCUACCUCCUCCGGAUGGAGGCCACCCACACCAUCACUCACCUACGGGCUUACCUAGACUCUCACAGCUCCAGGCUGGGGCGGUCUCCAGGCUACGAGCUGCUCGCCGGCUUCCCUCCGCGCGUCUGCGACGACGCCGCGGCCUCGCUGGACACCCUCGGCCUGGCGCCCAGCGGCACGCUGCUCAUGCGAGUCGCCGUGGCAGCCCGGGCUACAGCGCAGACACCUGCAGUGCCGUGACCUACAGCACCGUGACCUACAGUGCAGACACCUACAGCAGAGAGACCUACAGCACAGAGACCUACAACACAGAGACCUACAGCACAGACACCUACAGCACAGAGACCUACAGCACAGAGACCUACAGCACAGAGACCUACAGCACAGACACCUACAGCACAGAGACCUACAGCACAGAGACCUACAGCACAGACACCUACAGGACAGAGACCUACAGCACAGACACCUACAGCACAGACACCUACAGCACAGAGACCUACAGCACAGAGACCUACAGCACAGACACCUACAGCACAGAGACCUACAGCACAGACACCUACAGCACAGAGACCUACAGCACAGACACCUACAGCACAGAGACCUACAGCACAGAGACCUACAGCACAGACACCUACAUCACAGACACCUACAGCACAGAGACCUACAGCACAGAGACCUACAGCACAGACACCUACAUCACAGACACCUACAGCACAGAGACCUACAGCACAGACACCUACAGCACACACACGUCUGUAGAAUAUGGGUGUACAGCAUAACGGGUCUCUCCGAUGUGUCUUUCGGAUCAUGCCGCUAUGUCAUUCGGCACAUUGUCUCGACGUUUCGCGUGCCCCCCCCCGCCCCCCGCCCCCUACGCGCCUGGGGAUCUUCUGUCGAGCUUAUCUCAAGCCACCCGCAGAAAGUUCCGCGUGGAGCGUGGAGCACGAAACGUCCGGGACAUCAUUCCAGGCAAGGCGACGCUACGAGUCGAGGGCACGUCGCAGCGUUGAAGCCGCGUCGGUGCGAUCGCCCUCCACCUGCCCGUGGGUCAAAGCAGGGAGGUCCGGGGGGGGGGGGGGGGUGUAUACGUACGGCAAUGUUGAGUCUCAAAGUAGAAAUAAAAAGUGAAAUAAACGAAGGUGUCUUCUCCCACCUCGGAUACGCGGCGUCGCGUACCGUUUCACCCGGCGGCUGGGCUCGCGUAGAUCACAGUGAGCG